AUGUCGGAAUCCAGACAAGAGUUGCUGGCAUGGAUCAACAACCUGCUGCAGUUGAACAUGACCAAGGUUGAGCAGUGCGGAACUGGUGCCGCUCUGUGCCAGAUCUUCGAUUCGAUAUUCAUGGAUGUCCCGAUGUCUCGCGUCAAGUUCAACGUCAACACCGAAUACGCCUACCUUCAGAACUUCAAGGUUCUUCAGAACGUCUUUGCCAAACACCAGGUGGACAAGCCGAUUCCGGUCGAAUCUCUCACGAAAUGCCGUAUGCAGGACAACCUUGAGUUCCUUCAGUGGACGAAGAAGUACUGGGACCAACACUACCCGGGUGGUGACUACGAUGCGGUCGCUCGUCGCAAGGCCUCUGGUGGCCCCCCGGCCGCUGCGGGUGGCUCUCGCGCAGGUGCAAGCUCCGCCGGUGCGGCGCGCCGUGGUACUACGCCUACUAUUGGCGCCGCCCGCCCCCGUGUCGCUGGUGCCGCAAGCGCUGCCAACGUAUCUGCGCUGCAGCAGGAGAUUGCUACGCAAAAGGAGGCUAUUGCUGGCUUGGAGAAGGAGAGGGACUUCUACUUUGCCAAGCUGCGUGACAUCGAAUUGCUUUUGCAGAGCGCCAUCGAGGCCGAUCCGGAGCUUGAGAAGGAUGACGACUCGCUGGUGAAGCACAUCCAGGGCAUUCUGUACUCGACGGAGGAGGGAUUCGAGAUUCCCGAAGCGGAGGCUGGGGCGGAUGAACUUGAGACCUUCUAA